UAGGAGAGAUGUUAGAACUAGGACUUGAAAGUGCAGGAGAAGAUCUGUUAAUUCAGAAACCAAGAAGUAAUCUUCAGCUAAUUGACAGAAGUAAACACAAGCCAUACUCUUUCCCACAGGAUUGUUAUGGAUAUCCAUGUCCUAAUAAGAAGACCAAUGUUCCCAACUCUUACUUGUCUGGAAUUAACAAGGAAAAUGCGCCAAGAACACAACUACCGUUAGAUGGGUUGCAGGGGAACAGAAAUCAGCUGAUCAUUGGAAUGGAAGGAAAUCAGCUGUUCGGCACUAAUGGCGCCAAUUUACAGAAAAGUUGGAAUGAUUUGAGUAACAUGUCCACAGCAUUAACUAUUAAUUUCAUAGCCAUGUUUGCAGGUAUCCUUGUUCUAAUUCCUGUUCUGGAUUUCCUGCUUCCAUCUCGGCCUGUUGAUACCGGGAGAGACUAUUUCUUGAACAAAAUACAGGACAGUAUCGCAAGAGCAACGAUUAAUAUCAAACCAAAACCUUCAAACCAUCAUCGCUAGACAACUUGACAACUAGAAAAAUAGAGUAGUCUUCGUAUAUAUCAAUACAAUGAAGACUAAUUUUUAUCUUAAUUUGUCAAUGAACAGCUUCUCUUGUUUCCUUGUAAACUUAUAUUGUGUCUAUUAUUUGCUUCUAGUUUUUUAUUUUGUUUGAAAUAUAUGAAUUUAAUAUUUUGAA